UUGUCCACUGUGUUGACUUAAGUUGGAAAAUAACCCUUUAAAAACGGUGAAUUUGCUUUCAAACUUUCAUUGACAACACCUGCAGCCCGCUUCUACUUGGAGAGAUCUUCCUCUUUUGUUAUUGAAGAACGGCGAAAGACUAGAAAACCUGUAUAACUAAACGCUUUUUAAGCCGUUGAUGAAAUUAUUUGAAAUAGUUAAAGUGUGAGUGGAAAUUUGAUAAAAGCGGACGUUCAAGAAAGGACAUUUGUUGACAAGCACGCAUCCGAAAGCAAAACUAUCACGAAUUUUCAAUUUUUGCUCAUUUUCUCCAUUCAUAUUUAUCCGGUGAUAUGAUCGACGAGACUUCCGAGACGAAAGUAUCAUUUUUUAUUUAACUAUUCGUCGGUGCUCAUCUAAACAUCACGAAAGUAUUGAUAAUCCGGAGACUUCCAACCAUGUCAUAAACUUCUACCCAGCGAAACCAUAGCUGAGUGGUGUCUUUAGUCUUGCAGUCUUUUACACCAAAAAGAUCAACCCAAACCAUGGACGAAAACGCAUCAAUGACCACCAUUGAAGUCUUUGCUUGGCAGCUAAAAGGCCGAACGACUGCCAUUCAUAUCGCAGAGUCUUUCUUUAUAAUGUUGAUCAACUCCCUUUCUUUCUUUGGGAACCUUCUUCUUGGAAUCGCUGUCAUCAAAAACCCGAAUCUUCGCAGGACUGUUCCCAAUAUGUACAUCAUAACUCUGGCGGUCUCAGACUUCUUGAUGUCUUUGCUGGGAAUUCCGUUUUCAGUGGCCUCUCUAAUCGUUGGAAAAUGGCCAUUCAGCAACUUUGUCUGCCAGCUUCAAGGUUUCUGGAUUCUUCUUAUGUGUGCAGUGUCGUUACAAACGUUAGCAGUCACUGCUGUGAACAGAUACUUCCGUGUUGUGCGAUCUCGCUCGCAGUAUCAAAAAUACUUCAACAUCAAGACAACAAAGGUAACAAUCGCGAUUUUGUGGAUCUUGGCUUUGUUUGCGCCCCUUCCAUACGUUGUUUCCGGACACGAGUUUUUCUUUCACACCGGUAAAGUUUUCUGCGCGCACAAUGCUGAGAGCUUAUAUCAGGGAUACGGAGCUUACCUGGUUCUCGUCUAUGUUCUUAUUCCUUUAAUUAUCAUCAUAACUUGUUACACCAAAGUGUUCUUCACCGUUCGGAAACAUAACCUCAACUUUCGACUCAGUCAAAAACGAAGACAGCUCAACCAUCGCAGUGAUAGUCUUCUAUCCGUGGAAGAAGUCAACGUUACCUAUAUUCUCCUUGUGGUUGUAAUUGGUUUCUUAACCUGCUGGACCCCUGUGAUGGUUAUCGACUUGAUUGAUUUCAUAAACGCAGAUUGGAAACUCAAACGCCAAGUUUACGUGAGUUACACUUGUUUUGGAUUUGCUAGCACGUCGCUUAACCCCAUCAUUUAUGGUAUCAUGAAUCGUUCCAUCCGGGCGGAGUACUUGCGCAUCUUGGCGCCUUUGAGGGUGUGGGUGUCUCACGGUACCGCGAGCGAUGUCAAAGCCGACACUGCAACGGACGAACCUGGAAACAGCACCCGACGAACUUUGGCCGGAAAUAAAGUGGGCGUGUCGUUUGAUUAUAGCGAAGAAAGACUGCCAUCUCAGAACAAUGGCUUUCAUAAUCACAAGACCUCAUUGUAUCGAGCCGAUAGCUCGACACAGCCAGCGAGCAGUCGAGGUGUACAUGGGAUAUCCAGCAUCAAAUUUGGGCCAACAUAUUCCUUGUGACGUAGAAAGAGUCACUAUGGUGAUACUAUGAAAAGGGAAGGUGUACCUGUGUCAACGCAAGUGGUGACACAGGUACAAAUGACUGACUGACUGAUCAUUAAUUUUCAUGUAAAGGACUUUAAGAUGGAUCCUCGAAACGUUACGAAGGAGGGAUAUAAAUUUUUCUCUUAGAUUUUCAUAGCAGCUCUUUAACUUUCUCUGCGAAUUCGUUUUCUCGGAGAAUCGCUUCAUUUUUAAACUCUCGAAAAAAUCCCGAGAGACCAAUUUAGGGCAAAAGUGUUCAGAGAUUGGCCGUUUUCACACUACAAACGGAUAAUCCGUCUCGGGCGGAUUAUCCGUUUUAGUGUGAAAACGGGACGCUGUUUAUUUUGGACGGAUAAUCCGUCUAAUUUUAUCCGUCCGAUUAUCCGUCUAUGUAGACGAAUUUUGAAGACGAAUUAUCCGUCUUUGACGGAUAAUUCGUCUUGAAUACACAUUAGGACGGAUAAAGUCAGCUCAUUUUGCCCUGAAAAGCCUGGAACUAGAAAGAACGCACUGAGUUCUGGGAAGGAAAACAUGGCGUCUAAAGUGGCGAAAAGGAAAGCAGGAAAGAAACUAAAAAGGAAAACGUGGAAGGAGAAUGAAGUCUUCCUUUUUGCCACCGUUUUGUCUUCUUUAGAAGAGAGAGACAAACCCUGGGCAUUUAUUCUAGAAACGUUCGCCUUGAAGAAGACUGCAAACGAACGUAUUUUUAUUAAGAUACUGGAAAAGUUUGAUGAUGUAUUGGCGAAAAAAGGUAAAGAGAAAGACGAGAACUACCAGUUUACUGUGGCACAACUUAGAGCAAAGUACAAGGGGUUAAAAAAGGAAUGGAGGAGGCUAAACACGCUGGCAUAUUGUGGAAUUGUAACCGCGCCUAAGAAAAUACCCGUGUUCUAUCUGUCUUAUGUGAAUUCAAGACGGAAGAUAUUCAACAGUUCAUCUGUCCAGAGUUCCCUCUAUUAACUCUGAUCUGUCUCGAAUUCAGACCAAGACGGAAAAUGGAGUAGACGGAUCAUCCGUCGAGACGGAUUAUCCGUCUCUAGUGUGAAAACGGCCAUUGAAUCCGAAAUACAGUGCUUUGUGUAUCAUACUUAUAUGUGCUGCUUAUUUAAACUUAGUGCUUCAUAACCGUGAUCUUUGAAACAAGUAUUGCGUAUGACGCAGACAAUCAGUUGUGUUCACGUUUGAUUUGCUAUUUGUAGCUGAAUUGCGUCUGUCAUCUUUUUUGUUUUGUAAACCGAUUGAAAGUAAUCAUACCCACCUUUUCUAAAAGUCGUUACAUCUAUUGAGUGCCAAGUACCGAAAUGUAAAUACGAUUUUCUUUCUCUUUUCCGGUGCGAUUUACUUAAAAAAUGACUGAUACGAUUUCAGGAAAAGAGCCAUGGAUUCCACGGAUUUUUUGCACGGUCUGUCUUUGUUUCUUAAUCCAUGUGGUUGAUUGACGUUUCUUUUGUGCUUGGACCUGUAACAGUAGUAGCAAUCAUAACCCUUUAACUCCCAUGAGUGACCAAGACAGAAUUUCUCCUUACAAUAUCAAUACAAUAUCAAGCAGACAAGUACUGAGAAUAUGGGAAAAUGUCAAGUAAUGGAUCAUUAGUUGAUUUAAUACCAAACUCCCCAAACUCAAAUCAUAAAAAUUGUAAAGCAGACAGUAAACAUCUUAUUAACCAAGCCCAAGGGCCGUACUGGGAGAAUAUCGG